CCCGCCCCUUCCGCUCCCUGAGAGCCGGUCGAGCGCGGCUUCCGCCCGGGGUUUAGGAGUCGGAGUCGGUGCUUCGAUUGGCCGCCGCCCCCUAGUCUCCCAGUUUGGAUUUUCGAACCCAACUCCUCGGCCUUCACAUUCCCAGUUCCAUCUUCAAGUUCCAGCAGAACCUGAACCCAGGAAAGGAGCCCACGUGCCGCCUGUCCACCCGUGGAGAGCCAGGUGAGGUUCUCGCCCGGCUUAGGGCCUCGCCUUCCCCUCUCCCGUCGGUCCCGCGAAAGCCCUCCGCGGCCCCGACCAUGGCCCAGAAGCCGAAGGUAGACCCCCACGUCGGGCGGCUGGGGUAUCUGCAGGCACUGGUCACGGAAUUCCAGGAAACCGAGAGCCAAGACGCCAAGGAGCAAGUCCUCGCCAACCUUGCCAACUUCGCCUAUGACCCCAGCAACUACCAGUAUCUGCGGCAACUACAAGUCGUGGAUUUAUUCCUCGAUUCUCUGUCGGAAGAGAAUGAGACCUUGGUGGAGUUCGCUAUUGAGGAAAACAGAAGGGGACACCUGAAGGGGGGAUUCAUCCAACGUGGUGUGUGCAGUCCUGGCCAUGACUUGAUGCAGUGGCCCUGAACGAGAUUGCUUCUGGAAUAACUAGCAGAGAGAAGGACUGGAUCAGAUUGCCCUUAGUCAUGGCUCACAAAACCAAAACCAGUGUCUGUCUGUUGGCAAGUAACAUACUGGGUUUGGUAGAGCUGGGCUUUGAGUCAUACAGGUAUGUUCAAGACUUGCUCUGCGUUUUUAUUGUCUGAAUAUGUGAUUUCCCUUCUCUAGUCAUUUGUCAGGAACAGUAUCAGUAACUCCCUUUUACAUUAUUGAGAGAAUUAAAUGAAAUAUGAUGCUUUUUUAGGGUCGGUGUCUACAGCUGAUCCCCUUGGCCUCCACCCAAGAACCUGGUUGAGGGUAAACAGAUUCCUUUUCUCUCAGAAAAAUGAGAUGGAAUUAGAUAACACCCUAUCAAAGGAGCCACCCAUCUGUUCCAGGGAUUUUGCUCUCUGGUGUAUUAAGAGUUCUUGCCAUGAUGGGUUAUAGCUCAGUGGUAGAGUGCUCACCUUGCAUGUAGAAGGCACUGGGUUUGAUCCUCAGAACCACAUAAAAUAAAAGUAUUGUGUCCAUCUACAACAUUUUAAAAAAAGGAAUCUGAGGCACAGAUAUCUGCAACUAUUCUGGCUAACAGCGGGCAGGGUCAGAAUGCAGGCUUCCUUCCAUCAGUCCCUGAAGACCACCACAGUAGCAGAUAUCUAUGUCAGUUCUGCUGAGGCAGGGCUGAGAUCUGCUCCAGGGUCCAAUGGCUUUGCCUCCUGUCUGAGGUUGGAAGUCAGGUGUCUGCUGGGGGCUUCAUUCUGACUGUACUUAUUUCCAUCAGUUGUGGCAAUGGCCUGAAAGCUGUAGUGGUCCCUUGCCACCACAAACCACUAUAGCUCACCUUGUACCACUGCCUGCAAGGUCUCUGAAUCUGUCACCACCUACUAGGCAGGUGGUGCUGAGCCCUCUUUAUAUAUCAGGGAACUACUUAGGGAAGUUAAGUCUAGUACUGAAAGUUCACACUGUUAAUGAUGACUGGAGCCACAAUUUUACCCUAGUUCUGGAAGAUUCUGCUCCCAGGGGACCCAGCUGACAACCCAUAUGCAUGCCCCAGGACAUCAGCUUCCCCCUUCUUUGUUUCUGCUGCACCUGGCCUCCUCCUUCACAUCCCUGAGCUAGUUCUUAUGGGAAGUCAUCCCCCCUGAACUUGGUAGUGCCCACAGUCCCCAGGGCCAUAUCUGGUCAGUGUCAUAGAGGAACUGCCACUGGAAGAUGGCUUUGAUCAAGCCAGAGCUGCCCCAACUUGAGAUAUUGGAUGAGAAGUGGAUGAAUUAUGGGGAACUAGAUGUAAAGUAACUACUAAUUGGUUGAAAGAAUUCUGAACUGAAACCCCAAUUUACAACAUUGGUGGCCUUGUAUUCAUUUAGGAAUGUUUGCCCAAAGCACCAUUGGGUGACUUUCAGGUGCCCUAUACACCUGCAUCAUCCUAGAUGCUACCUGAAGAUGUAAAAGAAUCAGAGAGAAUUCUUUGCUCCCAGUAAAACUGAUUAAAUCCUAAAAUAUAGAAUUCUUGACAGUUUUUCUACUAAAGUGGGACUUAAAUAAGUGGCCCUCCAGAAUUCAUUUCAAAUUGCUUUCUUUUUAUUUAUUUAUUUAUUUACUAGUUGUAGUUGGACACAAUAUCUUUAUUUUGUUUAUUUUUAUGUGGUGCUGAGGAUUGAACCCAGGGCCUCGCACUAGUGUUAAGCCACAACCCAGCCCUUAAAUGGCUUUUUUAUGUUCCAUUUCCUGCAAUACAUGUUGCUGCCACCAGAUGGUAGCAGUGUUUAUAUAAAGGUUAGUAAAUAAGCCCUCAAUGGCCUCUCUGGAAAAUAUUGUUUAGUAAAAUGGGAAAUAAAUGUAACCCAUGAUCCAGCACUUCUGUUCAUAGGGUUAGAGACAUGCACAUCCAGAUACAUGCAGAAAAACACCAUUAGCAGCAUUGUCUGUAAUAAUCCUAAACUGGAAUGAUUGAACAAUAAAAUGGGUACCCAUGUCAUCAACUAUUCAUACUAUUAAUAAAUGAAAAUGAAAUCUA